AUGGAACCAGGCAAUGAUACACAAAUUUCAGAAUUUAUUCUCCUGGGAUUCUCAGAGGAACCAGAGCUACAGCCCCUCAUAUUUGGACUUUUCCUCUCCAUGUACCUGAUCACCGUGUUUGGAAACCUGCUCAUCAUCCUGACUGUCAGCUCAGACUCCCACCUUCACACCCCCAUGUACUUCUUCCUCUCCAACCUGUCCUUUGUAGACAUCUGUUUCAUCUCUACCACUAUCCCAAAGAUGUUGUGGAACAUCCAGACCCAGAGCAAAGUUAUAACCUAUGAAGGCUGCAUCACACAAAUUUAUUUUUUCCUCCUCUCUGCAGUGUUGGACAUCUUCCUCCUGACUGUGAUGGCCUAUGACCGCUUUGUGGCCAUCUGUCACCCACUGCACUAUACAAUCAUCAUGAAUCCCCGGAUCUGUGGACUACUGGUUCUGGUGUCUUGGAUCAUGUGUAUUCUGAAUUCCUUGUUACAAAGCUUAAUGAUGUUGCAGCUUUCCUUUUGCACUAAUGUGGAAAUCCCCCACUUUUUCUGUGACCUCAGUCAGAUGACCCAACUUGCCUGUUCUGACAAUUUUCUUAAUUACAUGGUGAUUUAUUUUACAACUGCCCUGCUAGGUAGUGGUGCCCUGACUGGUAUCCUUUACUCUUACUCAAAGAUCAUUUCCUCCAUCCAUAGAAUCACAUCAACUCAAGGGAAGUAUAAAGCAUUUUCCACCUGUGCAUCUCACCUCUCAGUUGUCUCCUUAUUUUUUUCUACAAGCCUAGGAGUGUACUUUAGCUCUGCUGCUACCCACAGCUCACACUCAAGUGCAACAGCCUCGGUAAUGUACACUGUGGUCACACCCAUGCUGAACCCCUUCAUCUACAGUCUGAGAAAUAAAGACAUAAAGGGGGCUCUGAAAAGACUCUUUGGCUCAAUGCCUCAGAGUCAGUUGUUAGUCCAGCCCCAGCAGAUCCUGGAGUACCCAAGGGAUGAGUGGCGUCGGCGAGAAAGGAAACAGACACACACAGAAGGUAGUGCCCUUCCACACAUGGAACCAGAGAGUGAUGCACAAAUUUCAAAAUUUCUUCUUCUUGGGUUUUCAGAGGAACCAGAACUGCAGACCCUCAUAUUUGGGCUUUUCGUCUCCAUGUACCUGAUCUUUGUGUUUGGAAACCUACUCAUCAUCCUGACUGUCAGCUCAGACCCCCACCUCCACACCCCUAUGUACUUCUUCCUCUCCAACCUGUCAUUUGCAGACAUCUGUUUCAUCUCAACCACCAUCCCAAAAAUGCUGUAG